GACAAAUUGGCUCUUAAGGUUUUGAUUUUCUCAUGCUACUACCUUCUCCAUCAUCUCCUCUAAGCUUGAUUUUCUAGCAUUUUGAUCUUCAAUUCUCAACAUACAUAUGAAGAAGAAAAGAAUGAUCAUGUCAGAAAUGUAAUAUUAUUGGUAAGAGAGAGAGAAAGAGUUAUCGCAUUAAGUCAAUUUUCAAUAAUAAGCUCAAAGAAGCACAAAGUCUUUCGCUACUAGAGAGUAGUAUAAACCCAAAACCUUCCAAAAAUUCUCCAUUGAUCUGAGUUUGUGCAUUUGGUGAAUCUAACAAAUCUCCAAUUUCCAUUUCUUUUUCAAAAAAAAAAAAACCUUAAAAUUAUGUCCAAACCUUCGUCAAGAAUCGUCCAAGGUCUUCUCAGGCUCCACAACCACGCCCAAAUCCCUAAACCCUCUCCACCCUUCCGGGCCCACCACUCCGCCGCAGCUCCCAACCGGUUCCGACCAUCCGGUUCGUCCAAUGCCUUCCUUCCCCGAGCUAGUCCGACUCACCGGACCAAUCCUCACGCGUUCUCGUCCGGCGCCGGACUCGGCCUCCGGUUCUUCUCCUUUAGGGCUUCGGAAUUGGGCAAAGGCAAUGCCAAUUUCGCCAAGAAGAUCUUUGAGAAGCCGGCCUCCGCCGUCGCCGCCACCUUCUCGAGGUACCGGGAGGCCUUGGGGCUGCAGAUUGAGGCGUUCUGUAGGAGGAAUUAUCUCUUCCUCUUGGGCGCCGGAGCUGUAAUGGCGUGCGCUUUGUUGUGGAGGAUCAUGUUCGGAAUCGCCAGCAGCUUUGUCGGAUUCUCCGAAGGAAUGGCCAAGUAUGGGUUUCUCGCUUUGUCCUCUGCUAUCGUCGCUUUUGCUGGCCUUUAUGUCCGCUCGAGGUUCACAAUUAACCCUGAUAGAGUUUAUAGAACUGCCAUGAGGAAGCUCAACACAUCUGCUGGGAUUCUUGAGGUUAUGGGAGCCCCUCUUUCGGGAUCGGAUCUAAGGGCCUAUGUAACGUCAGGCGGUGGACUUACUGUGAAGAAUUUUAAACCAAGAAUUAGGAGCAAGCGAUGUUUUCUCAUCUUCCCAAUUCGAGGUUCUGAAAGAAAGGGUCUGGUUAGUGUUGAAGUAAAGAAGAAAAAAGGCCAGUAUGACAUGAAGCUACUGGCAGUUGAUAUUCCAAUGGCAUCAGGUCCUGACCAACGAUUGUUCUUGGUCGGGGACGAAGAAGAGUACAAAGUUGGUGGUGGCCUUAUAUCUGAGCUAAGAGACCCUGUGGUGAGUGCGAUGUCAGCAGCCAAGGAAUUUGAUGAUCUUGAUCAGAUCGAAGAAGAGGAGGAUACUGAGAGAGAACUGCAAGAGGCAGAAAGAAAGCACCGUGAAGAAAUUGAGAAACUUGAGAAAGAUGGCCGUCAGUGAUUUCUUCUCUACGUUAUAUUCCUGCCAUUCCAACUUUUUCCCCCUGUUGUGUUUUCUUUUUCUUUUUUUCUUCUUUCGCCAAGAAUGCAAAAGAAUGCUCGAGGCUUUUUCCAUUUCAGAUUAAAUCAAAUCGGUUUAGAUCUCCUUGAGCAUGUUGAGUUGUGCAAGGCUCAUUUUCCCUUGUAAUGCAAGCACACCACAGUGGGAAAUUCCAUAUUGCGAAAAGCUUCGAUAGAUGAAAUAAAGCUCACCGUUGAAAAUGA